CAAAUCUCAUUACGGAAAGAAAAGAUAAAAAGAUUUUUUUAAAAAGGAAGAGAAGAACAUUAAAGAUCCAAUUUCUAUUUUAAAAUCAAUUCUGUGGGUGUUCACAAAUAGUGAUAUUAAAAAUAAAUAUUCCUUUUUAGGCACUCUACAAUUACUCAAAAUUCAAAAAGUAGAGGCCUAGUGGGUUUUUUCUUGUGACGUUUUAUGGGGAAAUCGGUUCCUUCGCCAAAUAGAAUUCAAGAUUUUGCCAGAAUUAUCAGCAGCUCCAAUAACAGAAUCCACGGCCCGACCCAGGUCAAACCACCCGCAUCCAGAAUUAGGUCAGUUCCAUCCGCGAAGUCCAGGGCGGUGGUCGGCGGCGAUUCAUCGGAGCGGCGGCUAAAGUUGAAGACGAAGAACAUGGAAGAAGCAAGCUCUAACUCCAAUUCGAAUACUUCUUCGUCGAACCAACAGCGGCAACGGGUACCCCUUGCUGACGUGGUGGCUGACUGUGUGAAGCGGUGGUUCCAGGAUACUCUCAAGGAGGCUAAAGCCGGUGACAUUAGCAUGCAGGUCCUUGUUGGUCAGAUGUAUUAUAGUGGCUAUGGUAUUUCCAGAGAUGCACAGAAGGGAAGAGCUUGGAUUAACCGAGCUUCAAAGAGUCGGUCAUCAGCGUGGAAAGUGAGUGAUAAACGCCCAGGCUAUAAUGCAAGUGAUUCUGAUUCUGAUGAUACUGUGGAGGAUGCAAAGAAAAAUUGAAGCACUUUUCACGGGUAAAACAAGCUAUAGCAUC